AUGUCAACAAACAACUUUACUGCUCCCUCGCUAGCAGUAAAAUACUCACUUAUGUGUCAUGUGACGUGGCGGUCACUUCCCUCCACACCCAUGCUCCUGCCCAAUACCCCUACGCUCCCGCCCUCCACGCCCACGCUCCUGCACUCCGCACCCACGCUCCUGCCCACCACACCCACGCUCCUGCCCUCCGCACCCACGCUCCUGCCCUCCGCACCCACGCUCCUGCCCUCCGCACCCACGCUCCCGGCCCUCCCCGCCCACGCUCCCAGCCCUCCCCGCCCACGCUCCCGGCCCUCCCCGCCCACGCUCCCGGCCCUCCCCGCCCACGCUCCCGGCCCUCCCCGCCCACGCUCCCGGCCCUCCCCGCCCACGCUCCCGGCCCUCCCCGCCCACGCUCCCGGCCCUCCCCGCCCACGCUCCCGGCCCUCCCCGCCCACGCUCCCGGCCCUACACGCCCACGCUCCCGGCCCUACACGCCCACGCUCCCGGCCCUACACGCCCACGCUCCCGGCCCUACACGCCCACGCUCCCGGCCCUACACGCCCACGCUCCCGGCCCUACACGCCCACGCUCCCGGCCCUACACGCCCACGCUCCCGGCCCUACACGCCAAUGCUCCAGCCCUCCACACCCACAUACCGCAAUAUAUGUGGGUGCUCACUAG